AUGGUCGGGACGCAUGGUGUGGUCUCGGCGGUGGAUGGCACGGAUCGCGCAGUCUAUGCAGGAACCGUACCAAUCUAUGGAUGUGACAGCUUCGAGCUUUUCUCAGAGGGAACAAGCUCGUCCGAUCAGCGGGAGAAGUACAAUCUGCCUUGGAAUGGGGCCUUGCAAAGACUCAGCGAGGCCAUUGAUUCGAAUCGGCACCUCUGGCGCAGUGUGCUACAGCGCCUUAUCGCGGAGAAGCCGUCCAAGCCAAACAAGGUGGAUCCUUGGACGAUCAAACCCUAA